UUUUUUUUAAUUGUUAUUAGUGAUUUAAUCUUUACUACAAAUUUAUCUUUAUAAUUGUACUGAAAACAAGAUUCCGGGACAGGCCUUCCAGUUACCUUGAGGGUUGAUCCUAAUGGCUUCUACCUGUACUGGACUGAUCAGAACAUGGAGGUGGAGUUGCUAGACAUUGUCACCAUCAGAGAUGUCAGAACUGGAGUUCAUGCUAAAGUGCCAAAAGAUCCGAAAAUCCGCAACGUCGUCCUCAUCGGGAGCCAAGGGUCGCUCGAGGAGAAGACGGUCACGGUUUGUCACGGCACGGACUUCGUCAACGUGAAUUUCAUUAACUUCUGCUGCACUAGGAAGGAAAUUGCACAGUUAUGGACCGAAGAGUUGUUUGCGUUGGCUUACAACUUGAACCAGUUCAACAAUCCAACGGUGAAGUUUCUAGAGAAAUUGCACACGAAGAUAACGUUAAAGGCUGACAAAUCGGGGAAAAUUCUCGUCAAGAACAUUGUCCGCCAAUUCGCGCAGAACAAGGAAGACAAGAAGCGUGUGGAGAAAGCGCUCAGUGAGUCUGGUCUCCCGACGGGCAAAAACGAUACCAUCAGCCAGUCCAAGUUCCAGUUCGAAGACUUCUUCGCUUUCUACAAGAGUCUCACGCAGAGAACCGAAGUACAGAAGAUAUUUAACGGACUAACGGACGGAAAACCUUAUCUAUCAGCGACUCAAUUAGUAGACUUUUUAAACGACGUGCAAAGGGACCCACGUCUCAAUGAGAUAUUGCAUCCGUACGCUGAUCUCCAGCGAGCGAAAGACCUCAUAAAAGCUUACGAACACAAUAAGUAUCAUCAGCAAAGAUCGCAGCUUACCUUCGAUGGAUUCCUCAGGUUCCUAAUGUCUGAAGACAAUCCUAUAGUGGCACCAAACAAGUUGGAUUUGUGUGACGAUAUGGAUCAGCCAUUAGCUCAUUAUUUCAUCAACAGCUCACACAACACGUAUCUAACCGGCCAUCAGAUAACUGGCAAGUCUAGCGUCGAGAUAUACAGGCAGAGCUUGCUAGCCGGGUGCAGAUGCGUGGAGUUGGACUUCUGGAAUGGUCGAACCGAAGAGCCGGUCAUCGUUCACGGUUACACGUUCGUGCCGGAGAUAAGCGCCAGGGAAGUGUUGGAGGCGAUAGCGGAAAGCGCUUUCAAGACUUCCGAUUUUCCGGUUAUUUUGAGUUUCGAGAACCACUGCAACCCGCGCCAGCAGGCGAAGAUAGCCAACUACUGUAGAGAGAUUUUCGGGGACAUGCUGCUCGAUAAGCCUCUGGACUCGCACCAGUUGGAACCAGGAGGUGAACUUCCACCGCCUUCGUUGCUACGGCACAAAAUAAUAAUUAAGAACAAAAAGAAGCACCAUCACCAUCACAAGAAGGAGGACACACCGCCGAUAGAGGAGUGCGAGCAGAGAGCCGAGCUGACAACGCAGGGGAACGGCGAGAUGACCCACGCCACAUUAGGCAGACAAGGCUCGAAGGAUUCGUCCGAGUCGUCGGAGUCGGAGAGCUCGUCUGGCGAGGAGGAGGCGGGGGGCGCGGAGGGCGGCGCGGCGGGGGGCGAGGGCGAGCCGCGCGAGUGUCACGCCGCCGCCGAGAUCUCCGCGCUCGUCAACUACGUGCAGCCCGUGCACUUUAGCUCGUUCGAGAGCGCCGAGAAAAAGAAUCGUUUCUACGAGAUGUCAUCGUUCGACGAGAAACAAGCGACCACGCUGCUGAAGGAACGUCCCAUCGAGUUCGUGAACUACAACAAGCACCAGCUGUCCCGGGUGUACCCGGCCGGGACCAGGUUCGACUCGUCCAACUUCAUGCCACAGGUCUUCUGGAACGCGGGUUGUCAAUUAGUCGCUCUCAACUAUCAAACUUUGGACCUCGCCAUGCAGCUCAACCUAGGCACGUUCGAGUACAACAAGCGAUGCGGAUUCCUAUUGAAACCUGAAUUUAUGAGGAGAAAGGAUCGACGUUUGGAUCCAUUCGCGGAGAGCACCGUGGACGGCAUCAUAGCCGGCAGUCUCACCGUGACGGUUCUGUCCGGGCAGCUACUGACCGACAAGCGUUGCGGCACGUACGUGGAGGUGGACAUGUUCGGUCUGCCGGCCGACACCGUCAGGAAGAAGUUCCGCACCAGGGUCGUGCCCAAUAACGGAAUCAAUCCGAUUUACGGAGACGAACCCUUCGAAUUUAAGAAGGUGGUGCUGCCGGAGCUGGCGAUGCUGCGGGUGGCGGCGCACGAGGAGGGCGGGCGGCUGCUGGGGCACCGCGUGGUGCCGGUGCGCGGGCUGCGGCCCGGCCUGCGCGCGCUGCCGCUGCGCACGGAGCGGGGCCUGCCGCUGCACGCCGCGCUGCUGCUGCACGUGCAGGUCAAGGACUACGUGCCGGACAAGCUGUCGGAGCUGGCGGAGGCCCUGGCCAACCCCAUAAAGUACCAGAGCGAGCUGGACAAGCGCGAGCACCAGCUGGCCGUGCUCACCGACGGCACCGACGAGCCCGAGCAGGAGCCGCGCCGCUCCGUCGCGCAGCCGGUAAGACACGAGGCGGUGCCGGAGAGCAGUCCCAGUAAGUUGGCUUUGGAGACUAAGAAGUUAAUAGAGACCGAGUCCAUAGUGACCCUGCCGAUACCGCCGCCGAUUGAUACUAAAGAGCAAGAGAAGAAAGCGAACGGCACGGACGAGAGCCUGGCCGAGACCCUAGAAACGUUGCUGAACUCGAAGCUGGUGCGGUUAAAAGAAGCCGAGCUGGCCCGCAAGCUGGACACGCUGCGUCGCAAGUUCGACAAGGACAAGAAGCCCUUCUCGGCCAAGUUCUACGUCAGCAACAAGCUCGUCAAGAAGCUCUCGUCCAAUAACAUGUGCGGUGAGGCGGGGGGCAGCGGCGCGGCGGAGGAGGGCGCGGCGGAGGAGCGCGCGCUGCGGCUGCGCUACCACCACGCCAUCUACGCCGCGCUCGAGAAGCACGUGCGCGCCGACCACUCGCAGCAGAUGAAGACGCUCAGCGAUCUGUUAGAAGUCGAGAAGAAGGAAAUAUUAAAUCGACUAGCAAACUCGCGGAAGGAAGACGUCAAAGCGCUCGCCAAAAAGACAAAUCGAGAUAAAGACGAGAUACAGAGGAUAAAGAGAGAGAUCCACUCGCAGAGCGUGGAGCGCGGCGUGUCGGAAUGUUGCCGGCUAGAGCAAGCCUACACCAAGCGGCGCGAGCAGCUCGCCCGCGACCACGAGAAGCUGCUGCAGAUGCUGCUCAAACAUCGAGAUCAGGAGCUCGUGAAGCUGGACCGUCUGUGCGGGGGCACGCCGGAGGGCUAGCGGUCCUGCCCAGUGACCGUUUUGUUUAGGAAUCUGUGAUAUUAUCGCCUAAGGAGCGAACGGCAGGAUCGCUAUCUCAUUAGAGCUCGCCCGCUGUCGAUCGAUAAGCGUAUCGAUAUCGAUCCGGACGCCCAGCUCUAUGUGAUCGGGCCGAUUCGUCUCGAGUCUCGUGCUGCUGCAUUUAACUAGUCGAUAGUGAUUCGAUCGGAGACGCGCAAGGGACAGGAACGUCUUAGACCGACUCGGACCGUGAGCCUUACUGUUUGUCGAUAGUUCGAUAGUUCGCCGCCCCACGUAGCCGGCUCAAGUCCAUACAUAUCUUGGCACGAGAUGCUCUCAUCGAUAAUGUUGCACAGCACUAUCCGAGAGAUAUUCCUUUCUGCAAUGUAAACUUCUGCGUAGCGUUUAGCGUCCGUCGAUCAAUUGUUAAAGAUCUGAAAUUUAUUCUUAUGAAUGGUUAUUCCAAUGUCUGGUUAGUGAACGGUUCGAAAUGUUUUUUUUAAUUAUUAUUAUUAUUAUUUAUUUUAUUUCAGAAUCUAUUUUUACAAAAGCUAUACAAUUUAUCCUUUCUACUGAGAUUUUUAAUUUCGAUUUACAUUUAAAAUCGUAAAAUGCAGCACAUAUUAAGAUUUACUAAUUACUAAUUUUUGCAGAAUCGUAUUCUAUUAAGUAUCUAAUAAUAACGUGUGUGUGUGUGUGUAUCGGUCGAAUAUUUAUAAAUGUAGUGUAAAUAUUGUUUGCAGCGUACAAAAGAAUAUUAACCGACAUUAGUAAGCGUAGGUUGUAGAUUAACAUUCCAAACGAUCGCUUAGUCAUUUACAUAAUGUAGGGUAGCAAGUUAAUUAACGCUUAGAGAGGGGACACUGUAGUGUUAAUUGUCGUAAACGAUUUAGUGACGAGAUUGUUUUAUCGAUAUUGAAUCGCGGCUUAGAGGUCGUUCCCUUGUAUAAGCAUUCUAUAUCGAAAAAAUAUUUCUCAGCUUCGAUUUAGAAACGACAGUAAAGACAUUGACGUUAUAUAGUUUGUCACAACCACAAUAACUAGCAAUAACACGUAUACUUAUAACAGUUCGUAGUUUAUGAAAGAUAUGAAAUAAUCUGAAACAGCAAUAAUUAUAUACUUAAAUAGCAGUAGGUGUUCGUAAAGUUCUCCGUGCUUAGAAACUGAAAGGCUCAAAUUUUAAUUCUUCCCGGCUCUGUAUAGAUGUCGCUUCCUUGAAAACGGCACAGGUUCAUGUGAUACAAUAUUACCUCUCUACUCUAUGUCAUGUGCAAUAAGUAUCAUAAUUAAAUGAAUUUAGCCUUUCAUUGUAGUUUAAAACAGACUGCCGAUAUCGUAAAACGCUUAUUAGAAUAACCUUCUAGGAGUUCUUUGUAAAACGUCCCCUUAACAAAACCUGAACACUUUCCUUUUGAAAUGUAUCUUCAAUAGUCCUCAGUCUACGACUAAAAGCUUUAAACCGCUCUAUUAUAGAAUUUAUAUAAUACUAAUGGUGCUUCUUCUUUUAUAAUUUAUGCUUAAAUGUACUUACGCAAAAUGUAAAUUAGGUUUUGAAUCGAAUAAGGGUAUUUAGAGUGGCGACGAUUUAAAAAAAUCGAUACUAUAAUAUCGAUUUUAUUUAUUUGCUUAUUCGUUUCGCAGCCUUGUCAUUAUAUUAACAGUUACUAGUCUCACAAAGUUUAGUCAGAAAAAAAAAAACUUCGAAACAUUCUAAAUGUCUUUUGGAUAAUUUAACUAAGGAUAAUUCACAAAAUACAUGGAUUUUUACUCAGGAAACAAUUGUAUGUCUGUUUGCGUAUUACAGAAUGCUUGUUAGGUCCCUAUCGCUACGUCUUUUGAUAGCUGUUUACAGUUUGUAGAACGAAAGUUACGCGAUAAAGAUUAUACAGAUUUCAAAUUUUUCAUAAUUUAAUUUCAGAACUAAAAACAAUUUAACUUUAAUAAAACACUAAAAUAAAAAUGACAAACAAAAACAAUUAAAACCAUAACCGUCAAUCUGUGUACAAUAGUAAAACAAUUUCAAUAAAUGUCUAGUCUUCUUUUAUUAAUAACGAGUGCAUACUUCAGUAAUACAAUUAAGUGAAGUAUUAAGAUUGGGAUUCAAUAUACUCUAAAGAACAAAAACAAUUAUGAUUGUAGAGACAUCUUCCUUCUCGCGUCGUCUUCCUCGUUACUGAGGGUCGUGAUACCCCUGAUGAGAGAUUAAUUUCUCUUUAAUGAUGCUUCUCUGUCUGUCUGUGUGUUGAGGAAUAAUAAUCGUAAAAUAAUUAGUAGAUCUGAAUGUUUAAGUUUUGAUGUUAACUAAAUAAUAUGAACUACGUAAUUUUGGAAUAAUAUCUAAAAUAAAUGUACAGAUUUUUUUUUGUAGACUUGGGCAGACAAUCAUAUAUAGCCCCUUAUGUGAAUCCGUGAACGUAAAAUUAAAAUUCACUAAAAGCAUUUUGUAUAAAUACUUCAAACGCGACUAAUGUUGUUGUUCUCAACGGUUGAUCCAUUAAGAUUUUAAUGUAACCCAUGUACCUAUCCCAUAUCGUAAAAAAAAUUACCGGUCAUAACAUAGAUAUAAUAAAGUAAUGGUUGCCAUUUAAAAAAAAAAAAACUUGCAUGUGUUUAUCUUCAUAAAGAAUUGCGUUUUCAUAAAAAUAAAUGUUUUUUUUUUUAAUUGAAUCUACCGUGAUAUCAAAAGUGAAACUCUCGAUCGAUAAUUCCUUAGUGUCAUUUAUUUUAAUUCUAAACAGCAUUGUUCUCGUAUUUUUCUCGGUGACAAAAAUUGUAUUGUGAAAGUGCCACGAAUAUUUUUGUCUAUUUUAUACUUCCUGUUGUCGUUAUAUAUACAUAUUUUAUUACGAUUAUUUACAUAAUAGUAUUAUUAACCUUGUUAAAUUUAUCUUCUGGGUGUGAGAGAAGGCAUGAUAUUAACUGCGCAUGCGUUUCGAAACCCUGUUUAUCUGAUCUUUUAAAUCAGAAAUCACUUCUAACGAUUGACUUGCAGAUUUUUAUGUAAUUAUAAAAAAAUUAAAACAGGGAAUCUCCUAUCUAUUUCUCUACUAUAUUUAUCGAUAUUUCUACAUACAAAUAAUAUAACCUUUUAGCUAUUUCAACGUGUGAUGUACUAAUAUGUCUUAGAUUAUAUUAUAAUAUGUAGGUGUAAUACUAUAUAAUAUGUAUCUUUAGGGCUUUGUGAUUGCGUUAAAGCAGCUGUGAAUGAUUAUAUGCAGAAGCGAAACUAACACUAUCGAUUUUUAGCUGUUUAUCGUUAAUAUCGUUAAAAUCGAUUUUAAUCGUAAAUCGAGUCACGCUUUCACAGCACCACCACUAUCGAUUUUCAUUAAAUGCAUCGAUUUUUUAUAAUCGAUUAACAAACAACUGUACGCGGUGUCAGUCACUGGCGGUGUUGUGAGACAUUUCCAAUAUUCGAAUUUGUAAUCUAAGAGCUGUCGUAUAGAGUUGACAAUGCUGUUCUUGAUUUCCGAAUAGUUCUCAAAUUUAAUUAGAACUUAGAAUGGUAAUAAUAGUCACGGUGUAUCGUAAUAUAGAUAUUGUGUACAUGAAAAUACGACUUAUCUUGCCUUGAUCUAAAUUAAAUUUGUCUUAGGUAAAGCGUGUUAUGUCGCAAGUAAACUUUAGGUGGACCACAGCGACUUUAUUUCUAUAAAUUAGUUCGAUGGCCUAAGUAAGCAUAUUGUAUCGUAGACUGUAUUUAUGCACGUGUGUUCCUUUUAAAAUGUAAAUAGAUGUUGCUCCGAAAUAGAAUAUUUAGUGUACAACUCCAUUUGCUAACUUACUUGUCAUAUUUUGUGUGAGUAACAGAUCUUCUGAAAUAACACACUUCCCUCAAAACCUAUUGAGAAUUAAUAUUUUUUUUUUUCUACACGAUUCUAAACAUCUAAAUAUCAACGACUUGAAUACACAGUCAGUAUAUAAAGGAAAUCUUGCUUUAAGCGUUUUGAAAUGGUAGUAUAACAUUUUUGCGCAAUCUCGCGAGAUAAAACACGAGUCCGACAUAGACAAUUUUCAGUUUUUUUUUUUAUGAUUCAAUUUGAUUUCACAACUUCUCUGUUUCAUCAGUGCUUGUUUUAAUACAAAUAGGACUUUAAAUAAUUUAAUGAAAAUGUUAUUAGUGUACACAGUUUGUACUUAAAAAAAAUUUAAUGAAUAAAAAAAACCAAUUACUCGUUAUUUUAGAAGAUCGACUUCAAUGUAGUGUAUCUUUAUGAUUAGAAGAUCUACUUCAAUAUAGUAUAUAUCGCUGUGGUUUAGUAUUGAAUUAAAUAUAUUGUAUUCGAAUUUCGUAUGACUCUGCCAAAUAGAUGUUAAGGAAUAGAUUUCUUAGUACUGAGACCGACAGCAGCUUCGAGAGAUCGUUUAAGAGUUAAGACGUCUAUGUCCGAUGUCUUGUAAGAGAAUAGAGGGAUAUGUACUUAUUUUGGCUUGUUUGAGGGUAGUUAAUAUAUUACAGGUAACAUUUUAAUGUUACCCUGUUGUUUAGAUAUUAAUCAUACGUAAAUCUGUUCUAUUGUUAUGGCAUAUUAUACUUAAACUCAUUUAGAUUUUCAUAAAAACUUUUUUGAUAAGUGUUUGAGUGAUGCGAUUUUGAAGGUGAUUCUUGAAAGGCGAAUCAUUAGAGCGCUUUCCUUGAUUUUGACCUUGACUAAUAAUUUUUCUUUCAUGAAGCCAGCCGCUUUGUCUUUUUCACAUUUCUUCCAUAUUUUAAUAUAAAAAUUUAUGAUAGAAUUAGAUUGAACUCUUUAGUUUUAUUUGGUACACAACAUACAUACAGGGUGUUGCUCACGCUCGAAGUCGACUUAGCAAUGAUAUUCAUAAAUCACUAACGCAUACCGAUGAAAAUCUAUCGGAUGCAGUAUGCGUUCCUUAGAAUAAUCACUUUAUGUGUACGACAUCAAAAUCAGUCAGGACCGAUGUGACGAUUGUUGUUAUUGUUGGGAUAGGUUUGAGUACACCCUGUAUAUACAUCAGAUUUUUCUCAUUACGCUCACUGAGACCAGGUCCGGUCUUUACGUUGAGAUGAUUCGUAAAGCGAUUUAUUAAGCAUUCGAUGAGUCCAAAAUGUUAUGUAAAGUUUUUAUGGAACAAUAAUCUGAAGCCAAUCAAUUGAGAUGGUUAAUUAAUAGAUUCUUUGCAUUAUGUAGCUAGCUACGUCGCCGUCUGGGUUUCGUUAUGGUUAUAGAGUUUAGUUGAAUUCUGUUGUGUGCUAAUAAUCCUAACACUGAGUUCUGUUUGCGUUUAGUGCAACAAAUUGGUUGUCAUGGAUUAGUGUUUGAACGUUGAGCAUCUAAAGUUCCGAGAAGUAUUGUAAUGUUGAUGCGUUGACGUGUAUUUUCUCACAACUAACAUCUCCGCCUCGAGCUUUGUUAUACUCUAUUCAGAUUACGAAGUUUCUUUUGACACUUAGAACGUAACUCUUCACGUUUCGCAUAGUUUGAAAUAAUAAUAUUUUUUUGUUCAUGGUCAUAAACAUCAUUUAAAAAAUACACAAUCAUCCUAAAUCAUUAUAUAAUUAAUUCACAUACACAAUAACAUAAUGAUAACAUCAGCCUCACGGGACUUCGUAAUUGGUAUAGAGUAUUGUGUAUCUAUCUAUGAACAGAAGCUACAUUACUUACCAUGUUUCCCUAAGAAAUAAAUGUUCAUAAAUUUCUCUUUUGGUAGUUGUAAUGAUUGCACAAAAUAUUGUCUAUUCAAUAUAAGGAUUUACUGUUUUGUUUUACGUUGCAAAAGUUUAAUGUUAAUCUGUAUAUUUGAGUAGAAUUGAUUGAAAAUGAAAAAGUACCUUGUUAUAUCGUAAUAAGAAUGUAGUUGUAUUAAUGGUAAUUAUUAAUGCGGAAUCUUACAGAGGUGAUCAGCUAUCUUAUGAUAAUAUAAGUGCGAGUCUUGUAGGGUUGUGAAUGAGUAUCGUUGUUAGAUGUAUUGUGAAGCUGCAGUCGGUUAUUUAAUAUAAUAUUACCUUUUACUUCCGAGGGGAGCCGUCUAAACAAAAGUUGUUGCCAGUUUUCUAAUUACACCCAAAUAUGGAAUUUUGAGGAUUAGCUAACCUUUUGACUGACGUGUCGGUCAGGGGGUCUACGUGGCGCAAUGAAGUAAUAUAGACUUCUGUUACUAAAGCGCCAGAAUAUCUAGUAGAGUGAGAAAGACGAAGAUACUGAAUCUAUUUCUCAGAGAUCUUAAAGACUAAAGUGUACAUUAAAAAUAAAAAAAAGUGUGUGUGUGUGUGUGCAAGUCACACACGGUAGAAGUGAAACUUAUAAGAUAUUGAUAUACUGACUAUCCCAAUACACAGGAGCAUGCAUAUGGACAAUGUUUAGUAGACGAUACUGGGGAUGCUACGAAGAGUCGCACAAAGAGGAGACAGAGAACGUCUAAUGUGUUCUAUCUCAUUCUCUCUCCGGCUGAAUCCUAUACAAUUAUGUGUCUGUGUCUCUAUAGACUUAUUUUUACGUUUCAUCGAGUUUGAAAUCACAACGAUUCUAUAGAAGUUUCACUUCAAAAAGAAGGCAAAGUUAGACAAUCCAGGCGCUUAGUAACAACAGAAAUCGACACAAUUACUUCAGUGUGUCAUUUAGGGCACCUGUGAACUACAGGGCAGUUAAAAGGUCUAUAUCGCUUUGCCUUAGGUUUGAUGACACUUUUACGUGACUGAAAUUUCGUUAAGGUUCCAUACCACUGGGAUGGAGAUAGAACCAAUAUCGUAGUGUACGAUUUGGAGCCAUGGAAAGCUGAUGCCCCAUAGUUGUAUGACUUCGCAUAAAACGUAUAAGCCCCAAGAUAUUCGAAAACUAAAUUUGAAUAAUUUCCUUAUGUCAAACUCACGAUUUUUCUUUGGUGACAUCUCCGCAAAUAAGAAUCCAUUAUAUCUUUUUAUAUAUAAAAAUGAAUUCAUGUUCGUUAGUCUCGCUAAAACUCGAGAACGGCUGGACCGAUUUGGCUAAUUUUGGUCCUGAAUUAUUCGUGGAAGUCCAGAGAACGUUUAAAAGGUAAAGGUAAAUAAAAAUAACAAUUUUGUUUUUUCUUUGAUGUGUACCGCGUCGGACGGAUUCCUUUUGUUUGUUUCAUAUUUAUUUUAUACAAAAGUUUAGGUCUUUUAUUUUUCAAUUGAGGCACUACGAAGUCUGCCGGGUCAGCUAGUCAGAUCUAAAAAUCAAUUCUUUAUUUGGCGGCAACGUUGUUUGUACAAUAAAAAUUACUCGUAGUUUUAGAGGAUUUCUUCGGAAAAAUUUAAACACAUACAAACAUAUUCAUUGUUAACAUUAAUUUUGUGUUAUCUCAUUUUUGAAAAUCGAUUGGAAAUAUCCGGCUUUAUUUCGAACAGUAUGAAGAAGCGUGAUGUUCUUGCACUGUGAUUCAGUUCCAUCUGCAAUUUUUUUACAGCUACUAAUUUAACAGGUUCUAUUGAAUUUAUUUUCAACCGUUCUUGGUCAUAGAAUGUGUAGUUUGUUUUAUCUUACGUAAAUUAAUAAAUUAUAUAUAUUAGUUUCAUAAGUCUAACUGCGAUAUUGUUUGAUGCUUUUGUUUUUUCUUUAUUAAUCUCUUUUUAUCAUUAUUCUUUCAUUUUCCUGUUUUCUCUAAAAUAAAGGCAGUUAUUUGAAAUUUAAGCAGGGCAUCUAAUGUAAGUAUAAGUUUCUAUUUAAAUAUGAAACGGACUAUAUAGAAAUGCUUAAAAUUUAAAUUUAUUUAUUACUAAUGUGAAAAUUUCUUACGUUUUCUCGUCUGUUUGAAUGUAAUCAUUGUAAGUUUUAUUAAAAGGAGUCUACUUAUUGUUUAUUAGUGUUAGUUAUUUCAUUCAUCUAUAAUUAUGACAAUACAAUAAUUUAUUUCUCCCAAAGCUUUGUUUUUGUGUUUUUUUUUAUGUUUAUCAAGCGGUUCGAUUUUCAUAAUAGUUACUUUAUUCCUGCUAUAAAGUUUAACAGAUCAUUAUUCAGUAUCAAAUUUCAAGAAAUCAAAAAACCUACAACCCUCCUAUGAAGAUCUGAAGUUUAUUUAUAAUACAAUAUAUAUAAUUAAAUGUGAAACGUUUAAAAAUCACUACUAUUGAAUCUAUACAAUGAUCUGGUAAUUUUAUGAAAUUAGUUUGUAAUUAUUCGUGUGCCAGAAAAAAAAUGUUAUUUUAAUUUUAAUGUUAGUGUCAGUACGAACAGACUGCUGCAUCCGUCACGUACAAAUUGUUUAACUUAAUUAUUUUGUUUAAGAGAAAAUAAAUAUUGUAAAUUUUGUUUUAAAAAAAUGAUCGGAAACGAUUUAGCGUUUAUUAAAAUUACUAGGUUUCUAAACACAAUGAAUUUAUAAAUAAGUAUAAAUACAAUAAAAAAAUACAUCUAUUGUGAGUUGAAAUCAUUUAUUUGUAUUAUAGAGAUCAGAAAAAAAUCAGCAAUAUAUUCUUCGGAAAUAUUGUUCAAAGCUUCUUAAUUAAAUGGUGAAUAAUAAAAAUGUCAACUCUAAAAUACACUGUUCAAAGGCACAAUAAUUGAAAUUGUUAGAUCUUAAUAAUCGAGCCCGUCAUUUUAAUAAACGUUAAAUCAUAUUUAAGUGACAUGAAUUUGUUAUUUUACAAUAAAAUUGGGAUAUUAGGAAGCGCUGUGAUCCACUGGCGAGUUCAGAAGUUACGGUUAUAGAUUGAAACAGAAAUAUAACUAUUAGAGGUCCUUCUACCUUGUUUGAUUAGUUUUAUUUUUAGAAUAAAGAGGAAAUAAAAGUUAUUCCUUUUUUCAUCAAGAAAUUGUUUUAUGGAAUGACAAUGACAGUAGUGACAAUUUUGAAUGUAAGAUUGGCGCGAAACAAAACUGCACAAAAUAUGGCCGACUAAAGUAGCAGUAGCUGUCAAGUGCUAAUAGGUUAUGUCGAGAAGCUUAAUAACAUAAUACAAAUUUCGUAAUUCUCUUUAUAACUGUUCUCUAUAAUUAAUUAUAAAACCAAAUAAAACUUGGUAAACCGUCAGUUGAUCACCGCUUGAAAUGUCUGGGCGGCUUUCACUCUAAUAGUUCUAGUCAUUUUUAUUCCUCCGUGUUUAUAUCUAUACAUAAAAUACGCCAGUGUAUGGAUAGACAAUAUAAUAAUAAUCAAAUGAAUGUUAAACAUAAUAUAUAGGUGAAACUUAUCUAUUAAAUUUGAUGUCUGUUCA